AUGCACGCGAUGUGGAAGCCUCGAAAGUUCAAGUACAUUUACCUUUUGGCCACACUCUACGUUUUUACUUUAACUUUGCCAUCUGCCUCUGCUGUGUAUUGGGCGUACGGAGACAAACUUCUCACUCAUGCUAAUGCUUUCUCUCUCCUCCCGAGGACUAGAUGGCGUGAUACCGCCGUUGUUCUCAUGCUCAUCCACCAGUUUAUCACGUUUGGAUUUGCGUGCACGCCUUUGUACUUCGUGUGGGAAAAAGUGAUUGGGAUGCACGACACAAAAAGCAUGUACCUAAGGGCGCUCGCUAGGCUGCCGGUGGUGAUACCGAUUUGGUUCUUGGCCAUAAUUUUCCCCUUCUUCGGACCAAUCAACUCGGCGGUUGGGGCGCUUCUAGUGAGUUUCACCGUCUACAUUAUUCCGUCCCUCGCUCAUAUGCUUACUUUUCGGAAAGCUUCUGCUCGUCGGAAUGCUGCUGAGAAGCCGCCAUUCUUCAUGCCAAGCUGGACAGCCAUGUACGCGGUCAACGCCUUCGUGGUAGUAUGGGUCUUGGUAAUCGGGUUCGGGUUUGGGGGUUGGGCCAGCGUCACCAACUUUGUGAAGCAAGUGGACUCAUUUGGGCUUUUUGCUAGGUGCUACCAGUGUAAACCUCCACCGCAGGCCCAUCCAGCUACACCAACCCAUUAA